AGAUAUAAAUACAAAGGCAAUUUUUUCUUUCGACUCCUUUCUUCAAUGUUCUUUCGAAUUCAUAUUAUCAGUCGGCUGGGAGACGUUGAAGUACCCACUCAACAUCAGGAAAAUGAAGACAUUUUGGAACUUACAAUUUGUCCUUGUUCUAAUCGCGAUCAGUUUGGCUUUCGGUUUCGGCGUUCAGCCAAAAUAUGAAGGUCCAGAUGAAGUUGAACUGAGCCUAUUGGAACCGGCUGUUGUUCCUGAUCCUGUAGACGGAAUAAGCCGUUGGUGGUACACUCCAUCGCGAAAGGCUUACCUCUUCCGUCACAAUUACGCGAAAAAUGGUGAAGUUGAACCGAGGCAAGGAGAGGAUUUGCGCCUUCCGGGUAACAUCUUGCCUCGCUUAUAUACCAUCCGCCUUUUGCCCUUCAUUGAAGUGGGCAACUGGACCACCGACGGUUAUGUCGAGAUUUCGGUUGACUGCAUCAUCGCCACUGUCAACAUCUCCAUCAACAGUCUAGACCUCACAAUCGACCAGUCAUCCAUCACGGUUACGGACGAACUAACUGGAAACCCGAUCCCAGUGGUCAACUUCAUCGACGAGCAAUCGACCCGUGAGCUAAUCACGCUUCAAGUCUCUCAACCAUUGACAGUCGGUGGACGGUACAAGAUCACAAUGAAGUACAUCUCCGUUUUGAACACUUUGUUGACUGGAUUUUAUCGAUCAGACUAUGAGGAGAAUGGCGAAGUCAAGUAUCUAGCUGUGUCUGAUUUCGAAGCAACAAGCGCUCGCCGCGCCUUCCCUUGUUUCGACGAGCCAACAAUGAAGGCUAAUUUCACCAUCACACUCGGACGCAAAGAAACCUGGACUUCCGCCAGCAAUAUGCCACUGAUUAGAACGGAACCCAUGGCUGGAGUGACUGGAUUCGUUUGGGAUUAUUAUGAAACGUCGGUGACAAUGUCCACGUAUCUUGUGGCGUUUUUGGUGUCGGAAUUUGUUGGUAUUCCAUCAGAACCCGGACUCAGCAACGUAGAAUUCCGCAUUUGGGCCCGUGCUGAUGCCCGCAAUCUUACCGACUAUGCACGCAAUAUUGGUCCUCGCGUUUUGGAAUUCUUCGAAAGUUUUUUUGCCAUCGACUAUCCGUUACCUAAACAAGACAUGGCAGCUAUUCCCGAUUUCGCCGCUGGAGCCAUGGAAAACUGGGGACUGAUUACCUAUAGGGAACAAUACCUCCUCACCGAUCCUACUACGACCAGCGCACGUUCAUUCCAAUUUGCUGCUAUAAUCAUCGCUCACGAACUGUCCCAUCAGUGGUUCGGGAACCUCGUUACUAUGGACUGGUGGAAUGCCCUGUGGUUAAACGAAGGAUUCGCAUCGUACAUGGAGUAUAUCGGCACCGAUGCGGUGGAGCCAGAUUUUAGAAUGAACGACCAGUUUAUCAUUGAAAACCUGCAAUACGUGUUCGGUGUCGACGCUCUGGAAACGUCUCGUCCUAUCAACAUCGAAGUCAACACUCCGGCCGAAAUCAAUUCAAUGUUUGAUGCCAUUUCCUACGAAAAGGGAUCUUGCGUGAUCCGAAUGUGCGCAGAUUUUAUCGGCUUCGACACAUUCCAGCGCGGUCUCACUCGCUACCUCAACGACAAUGCUUAUGGCAAUGCGGGUCAAGACAACUUGUGGGCAGCCCUACAGACUCAAGCUGAUUUGGAAAACGUUGUCCUUCCGGCGACUAUCAAAGAGAUCAUGGACACUUGGACCUACAAGAUGGGCUUCCCUUUCAUUACCGUGACCCGCGACUACCAGACAGGGGGUGCAUUCGUCACUCAGGAAAGGUUUUUAUUGCGAAAGAGCAAUGACUCCACCGACCCCAUCGUCUAUCAGUGGUGGGUCCCUCUGACCUAUACGAGUGACUAUCAAACGAAUAAAAGAGAUUGGCUCUCUGUUGAUCAAGUCAGCAAGACGUUGCCUAAUCUUGGGGCAGCUGCCAAUCAAUGGGUCAUCUUCAAUAUCGAUCAACAGAAUUACUAUCGAGUGGCUUACGACACUUCCAAUUACGCAAUGAUUCGCGAUCAGCUCAUGAUGGACCAUCAAAAAUUUUCCGACAACAAUCGAGGUCAACUUCUUGACGAUGCCUUUAACUUGGCUUUGGUCGAAUUGAUUUCCUACGCUACGGCCCUCGACCUCACUUUGUAUCUGAAAUACGAGAGAGAAUAUGUGCCAUGGCACGCAGCUCUCUCCGAGUUCAAUUACAUUGACACUAUGCUCUACAACUUUGUUGAAUUCCCCAACUGGAAGAAUUACAUGACAAGCCUAGUCGAACCUACCUACACUUUCUUCGGGUUUGCAGAGACUCAGGCUGAUCCGCACAUGGAAAAGUUGAGCCGUAUCGAUGCGAUGAACUGGGCUUGCAGACUGGGAGUGGCCGAUUGCGUUCAAAAUUCGCUUAGCACAUACGCUAACUUGAUGAGUCAGCCAGAAAAUCUUCUUCAGAUUGUUUCACCGAACGAAAAGAGUAUAAUUCUAAGAACGGCCAUCGAGAAUGGCGGCCAGGCCGAAUACGACUUUGCUUUCAAUCAGUACCAGACCACAGGAGAUAACAGCUUCCUUGUGGCCAUGUGUGCCAGUAAACAAGUCACCGUGCUCUCAGGGUUGUUGGAAAUGUUGCUGGAUCCCAAUUCUGGAAUCUUGAGGUCGGACGUCAAUACCGUUUUCAACAAUGUGGCGAAUAACCCGAUCGGAAAUGAGCUCGCCCUCGACUUUUUGAUUAAUCGAUGGAACGACAUUCAAAAUUCACUCGGAGUGACUUAUUUUGCUACUUGGUAUCGUUACGUCUGCACUCGCCAAAACACACAAGUAGGACUUGAUAAGCUAAUUCAACUGAGGGACGCUCAUACCCUAAUUUUGGGCAAUUCCAACAGCGUCAAGCAAGGCAUUGAAACCGUUGAAACCAAUAUCAAAUGGGUUUCACUCAACGAAGGAGAAAUCGGCACUUGGCUGGCUGUCAAUCAACCUGCCAAGGUCUUUCGUCAGUAAACUUUAACAAGCCUUGCCAUUUGAUCCUUUGUCUAUCGUCCUAAUAUUCCAUACAUAGUAAUAGCUUUAGUUAGGCUUAUAGGCUGAUACCAAAUAAAAAUACCUGAACACAUGCGCGUUGAUGUUGGCUGCUACAUUGGAAUUGAUGCGCUACUUCAGAGAAGUUGCCUUGAAUGUUGAGUUAUGACGAAGAAAUAGAAAUCGUCCUUGCCCACGCAGUUAAGGAGAUUAACAACAUUGGUUCAUCGGGGACGAAUUUUUUUCAGCUAAAUCAUUUGAAAAAUGUUUAAUUUCCCGCCCUGGUAUUGCAAUUGCAUUUCGCCAACCAAAUAACAUGAUUUCCGACAAUUGGCCCAAUACCGAGGUUAAGCAACUCAACCGGUUUUGGAAUUUCAAAAUCUUUUGAAGAGUUUGAGUAAAAAACAAGGAACGGAAAAAAAAGAGGACAAGGACAGCUAUUAGCCUAUUCAAGAUGAGGUGUGGUAAUAACACAGUAACUUGUCCACUUCCAGUUGAAUUGUUGAUUUGGUUCAGGAAAUAUUUUUGAGAAAUAAUGAACUUGGACCCAAUAAAAAAAGAAGAAAUGCGAAAGUAAAGCAAAAAAAAAACCAAAUGAUAAGCUGACAAUUGGCACUAGUUGCAUUUGUUUGCCAUACCAAUCAAUCGGGUAAAGAAGGAAGGUUUAUGCAUUCAACCAUUCGUCCUAGCAACAAGCGUUCAACCGCUGAACCCGUUAUUCUCUUUCACGGUUGCAGACAUUUGGACUGAAGUCUUUAAAUAAGUGAAGACAUCAAGUAGAAUGAUGCAAGAAAAUUGUUUUUUUACGAUAUCCCUAUGCCCAUGAGUUCCAGACCUUGAAAAAGAAUACCACAGAAACGUGAACGCAGGACAACGGAGGUUGUCUUUGGAGUUUGAAUUAUGUUCAAGAAUUGUUGAAUAUUAGGAAAACUACGGAACACAUUAUUAAAUAAGCUAUUUGGUUCCGGGUGGCAAAAGAAGACCUUGGCGGACUUAUAAGUCUUUCAAAUGAAUAUGUAGAGAAACACUAAAUGGUUACGUAAGGUGAACUUGAAAAGAGGCAGACCCUCAAAGCAGCAAAACAUCUCUAGAACCUUGGCCCACUUGUAGCAAGCACUAGGAUUUCCGUUGACGGAAUACAUUUUUCGAACGCCAGAUGUUAUACGUGCUUGCUGGUAUAGAAAGUGAAAAGACAGGCAAAAAAACUCGGUAUAUAAGCUCAGCCAUUCGGUCGUUCAAGUCAUCAGUUGACACUGGCUUUCUUACGAGAACACUUCUAACCCACCUCUAAACAUGAAACUUGGUUUGAUUAUCCUUUUGGGCUUGGUAGCAAUCGCUGCUAGCCAGCCUGUUGUUGAAACAGCUGCCGUUCCAAUCGAAGAUACGGAAGCAGCAGAAGAUUCUGCCAUAGACAUGAUGCCUGAAGAGUCUGCCUUGAAAAUCAUUAUGCACAAGUUGGAUCACUGGCUUAAGAAAUGUUACAAAAAGGGCGGCUGCCGUCAAGAUUACGGUCACCAAAGCUACGGAGGCUACGGUCACGAGAGCUAUGGCUACGGAAAAUAAAAGAAACAUUUUUGGUUGCGAAAUGAAGAUUCAUGUACGAUCAAUGUACAAACCAAAUUAAUAUUCAUGAAUUACCAUUCGCCAAAGUGAAAUAAAAAUAUUCAAGUAAUCGUUAAACCUGUAUGUAAACGCACAAAACUCUGAACGAAAAUAAAAUGUUCUUUUU